CACCGUACAUUCGCGGAAGUUGUCUAAAACAUUAUGUAGGAACACAUUUUGGCAGUUUUCUCUGGAUAAUAUUUGCUGAAAUUGACUUUUUAUUUUCUAUUAUUCCCUUAUCACUCCAGGACUUUGAAUAUGGAAGAUGAAUGGGAAGAGGAGGAGCAGCUUGUUGUGGUGGAGCUCUCUGGUAUAAUCAACAACGACUUUCUCUCCAAAUGUCGGGGCACUUGCAAGAUACUGGAUAUUGACAGUGAAAAGCCAAUGAUGCAGGUUGGACAAUACGUUUUUGCAGGAGAAUAUGAAGAUGCUUUGGGAACUUGUGUACUGUUCGAGGAGGGACCACAGAAAGGAAAAGCAGACAGCGACCAAGAGCUCAAGUACAUGUGCCACACCAUGAAGAAGCUGAUGAUGCAAAGAAUCUUCCUCACUGAGAAAAAAGAGGGUGAAACUAGCACAGCAGGAAGUGGUGAUGGUGAUGAACAGAAGGACACAACCUGUCAGUCCAGUCAGGAGGAAAAUGACAACCAACAGGGAGAGACAGAAGAAGAGAUGGAAAACAUGGAUUUGGAAGACUCAGCAGUGGGUUGACAGGUGGAGGCUUUGCUACAUCAUGACCUUGCUGUGCACAUGCUAAGACACCAGCAUUUGUGAGGUUGUGGGGGACUCAGACUAUUCAAAGACAGUUGGAUUUACAGUUAAUCAGUAUAAAGGAGAGGUGUUACUAUAACUAUAUGUCUUGCACAUUGUGUCACAUUCUUUUUCCAGGAACACAUGUUAUGCCUCAUCUUCAAUGAGCCUCAGAAUCAAGAUCAUUUAAUAUUUAACAUACAACUUAAACAUGGUGAAAUGACACCUAAAUGGAAAACAUGCUUUUACAAUUCAAGAUGUAAAUCCAUUCCCUUCAGAGCCAUGUAGUAGGGGUCUUGGGACCAGCAGUUACAGACCUGUGGUGGGCAUCCUCAGCUUAGUGGCAGGAAAUGCUGUCAUUGUGCCACUCUGACAACAAAUAAACCAGCAGAGGGAGAUAAACAUAACUGCAACGAUUAGUUGGUUAAUUGAUAAUCUGUAAACUUCCGACAUCAUCUUGAGCCGUGUGAAAUUAUAUUGGGCAGUUUUUACUGUAUUGGCUGUUCAGUGCAGAUUAAUAGAUCAUCUUUAGUUGCAGCCCUAGACAGAAAUAUGCUUGAGCUGCAAGGUUAUAAUUGAGUGUGCUCAAUAGACAAAGAGCCAUUGAAUGAGCCAUACAUUUAAUGACAUAAAGAGGGCUUCUUAUUUUUCUGAUUUGUAAUAAGUUGAUUUCAUCAGAACUAUUAUAGCAACAGAUUUACAGUGUUUUAUUUGUUAUAUUAAAUGGGCUCACUGAAUACUUGGAAUACUUUAUUUCUUGAAUGUGGGUUUUAUUGUCCUUUUAUUGUUUGUUUUGUUUAGUUUUUUGUGGAUUUGCAUUUCUGCUACACUCUUGUGGAUAGACAAUUUGUUUACAAGUUAAAAGUUUUUCUCACUCAGGCACAAAUUCCUUCUAUGUUUUUCAGAAGUAUAAAUUGAUUAAAUAAAUAACAU